GCGCACUGGCUUCACCGCUCCUGGAUUUUCCCGAACCGGGCCUGAUUCCGGGGAAAAGUGCUUUCGUGUACCAUCCGGAGCUGGUGGUAAGGAAUCUUGCGGGUGACAUCGUGCACACCUAUUCUUAUGCGAACUGGGAGCAUUACAGCCCAUCAC